GUGAGGCGUCACUCUGGUGCUAGGCAGGAGGAAAAGAACUUGACGAGACAAUAGUUGCGUAUUCUUGGGCACUUGACCUAUCAACAUUCACAGAAUAUGUCCUCUGACGAUUGAAGCACAAACUCUGCAAAACCCACACAAUCAAGGAUGAGGAACUAAAUCUGGCAGGAGAAAACACAAUCCAUGAGGUUGAUGAGUUUGCAGGUGAUGUUGUCAGCAAAACUGUGUAUAGGCAUGGUAGAUCUAGUAUGGAAGGCACGAUUAUUGGUAUGGCUCAGACUUUUGUUGGAAGCAAUAAUGUGAAUUUGCUUAAGCCCAGAGGCCAGUUUGGUUCACGAUAUGAGGGAGCUAAAGAUCAUUCCAGGGCACAUUAUUUAUUUGUUGAAUUGAAUGACAUAACCAAGUUCAUUUUUCGGGAUGAUGAUAAAGAUUUACUUGAAUACUUGGAAGAAGAUGGAAUGUUAGUUCAACCAAAGUGGUACCUUCCUGUUGUCCCAAUGUCAUUGGUGAAUGGCACUGCCGGAAUAGCAAGAGAAGAUAGCAACAGUAUAUCAUUGAAACCAGGCUACAGAGGUUUUAAGGGAAGGGUUGAAAAAUCUACUGACAAUGAUCAUGGAAUAAAUUGCACCAUUUAUGGUUGUGCUACAGAAAUCAGUGAUACAGUAAUUGAAAUAAAUGAAAUACCUCCAGGCAGAACAAUUGUUGAGUACAAAACCUUUCUCCAGUCCCUACUGCCUGAUGCUAGUAAUAGAUCUGAAUAUUCCAAAAUGAAAUAUCCAACUAUUGAGUGUUUUCAAGAACUGCAUGAGGAUGCGAAUAACUUGAGGUUCAGGGUUUCCUUGGACAAAGGCAACAUGAUGUUUGCUAGAAAGAGAGGCCUGCUGGAAGCUUUUAAUUUGGUGAGCAGAAUGCCUGUAGAGACUCUAAAUUUACUGGAUGAGAUGCAACAGCUGCGUCAAUUUCUUAACGCAGAAGAAACACUGACAGCCUUUUAUGACAUGAGGCUUCCUUAUUAUGCUGCAAGAAAGGCAAAGCUACUGGAAAGGAUGAGUAAUGAUAUGACAAGAAUUGAUAAUACCAUUAUGUAUCUCGAAGCACUGGACAAAGGUGAGAUCAAGCAGAUAAACAGAAAGAAGCUCAUUGCUAAGUUCACUGAAAAAGGUUACAAGGCUAUUCCAAAUGAUGGGGAUUCAGGCUUUGAUCAUCUCAUUAAUCUAUCAUGUGAUGAGCUUGAUUUUGAGUGUACCCAAUCUCGUGGCGGAAAGGGAAGGCCUGCAUCAACGAAUGGAGGAAAUGCAGAAGACUAGAGAUACUGACCUCUGGAUUAAAGACCUCGAAGAAUUGCAGCAGAAGUUAGCUGAAACAGAUAUGGAACCCCAAAAGCGAAAAGUUGAGCGGACAUCUGCAAGCAGUGCUAGUGACAAAAGGACCAGGUUCGGCCUGUGACAGGUAGCAUCGAGAAGCGAAAGCCAUAUCUGUGCUGUCAAACUGCGGGGAAUUGUUCAAAAAACAAAACUGUGUUGAAGUUGAACUUACUAUGCUUAUUUAUCUAGUGUUGACGUAGUAGGGAGGAUA